AUCGCAAUUUCCUCUUUGUCUCAUACAUAAAUGAAUGAGUUCUGGAAAGACUUAUAAAAAACUCUUCGAUUGGGUCCUAUCGUUCAGUUGUGCUUGUGGGCUCAGGUUGUGAAUAUUUUGGAUUUUACUACCAUUUCAGCCACAAUGAAGUUGAACGAAUUUGAAGUAGCCAUUUCUGGAGUAGGUGGUUUGUUCCCGAAGGCGAGCAAUAUUGAGGAAUUGAAGGAGCGCCUUUUGAACAACGAAAUUCUUCUAGAGCAUCGUUGGAAAUACGGUGAACGUGGAUGCACCAAUGUCAUAGGAAAAAUCGAUGUGGGCAAUUUCGACAAUGCUUACUUUGGAAUCCAUCGUCAGCAAUGUACAUACAUGGACCCCAUGCAGCGUCUUGUUCUGGAAAGAACUUUUGAGGCUCUGUUGGAUGCUGGUGUCAACCCUGCCGACAUCAGAGGACGCAGAAUUGGUUGCUUCAUGGGUUCUACAGUAGGAGAAAACGACAAUUUAUUCUUGGAGUCAGUCGUUAGUGGUUUUGGUGUUACUGGCCACUCAAGGGCUAUGAUGCCUAACAGAGUGUCUUACUGGUUGAAUCUGAAAGGCCCUAGUGUGGCGUAUGACAGCAACUGGGUUAGUGGAAUUGAAAUUCUUCGAAUUGCUUUCGAUGCAAUUAAAACCGGCCAAUGUGAAGCCUGCAUUGUUGGAACUGCCAACCUUGCUCUGAACUCAGAGUUUCAGUUCCUAUACGGUGAUAUGGGACUUCUAUCUCCCGAUGGAAGUAACAAAUCUUUCGAUGCAGAAGCUACUGGUUAUGCUAGAAGUGAUGGAGUGGUAGUGUUCUUCGUUCAGAGAGCCCAAGAAGCGAAAAGAUCCUACGCUAAUAUCGUACAUGUUGCAACGCGUUUUGAUGGUCAACGUGAAGGCAAAUUGUUAGAUAUAGAUGUCGAUAAUCUAACUGAAUUCCUGUCUGAAUUCUAUGAAACUGCUAAGGUAGACCCUAAAGAAGUGGAAUUCGUGGAAGCUUACGGUUCAGCCAUCAAAGAGACUGAUAAGAAGGAAAUAGCUGCUUUGGAGAGAGUUUUCUGCAAGAAUCGUAAAACACCCUUACUCAUCGGAAGCGUGAAACCAAACACUGGUCACAGUGAAGCUUCAUCUGCCAUGUUCAGUAUUGUUAAGUCUUUGAUAGCCUUGGAAACUGAAACUAUUCCUGCUACCCUUCAAUACAGCAAACCAAAUCCUGAAAUUCCUGCAUUGGUUAAUGGCUCUAUUCAAGUCGUCACUGAAAAUAGAAAAUGGAAUCCAAAAUAUAUAGCCGUCAAUGCUAUAGGUCUGGAUUCUUACUAUGGACACAUCUUACUCAAGGCUAAUCCAAAGAAAUUGCCGGCUAAGAUCAAUGAUUUGCCAAGACUGCUUAUGGCUUCGACGAGAACAGAAGAAGGCAUCAAAAAUAUCUUAGAAGUCUUCAAAACACGUGAAGGCAUAAAUGACGAAUAUGUGUCUCUGGUACAAGGAGUAUAUUCAAAACCAAUUCUUGGACAUCUGCACCGUGGUUAUUCGCUUCAAGGCGCAGAAGAUGUGAAAUGUGAAUCUGAAACUCAUUUGGGAAACAAACGUCAAAUAUGGUUCGUCUACUCUGGUAUGGGCAGUCAGUGGGCUGGCAUGGCUAGUGACCUGAUGAAGAUACCAGUUUUCAACGCUGCAAUCCAAAAAUGUCAAGCAUUACUGGCAAAGAAAGGAAUAGAUUUGAUAUCUGUUAUAACAAACCCAGACAAGAAAGUUUUCGAUAAUAUCUUGAAUUCUUUCAUUGGUAUCGCAGCCAUUCAGAUUGGUUUGACAGAUGUUUUGCAUUCUCUUGGUAUCACUCCCGAUGGUAUCAUCGGGCAUUCAGUAGGAGAAUUAGGUUGUGCUUAUGCAGAUGGCUGUGUGACAGCUGAGCAAAUGAUCAUGUGUGCUUAUUCCAGAGGAAAAGCAUCUUUGGAAGCCGAGUUGAUCCCUGGAAUGAUGGCUGCUGUAGGAAUGGGUUACCACCAAAUCAAGGAUAAGUGUCCAGAAAGUAUAGAAGUGGCUUGUCACAACGGACCAGACAGUUCAACUAUCUCAGGACCAACAGAAGACAUGGAGAAGUUUGUCAAACAGCUCCAAGAUGAAGGAGUCUUCGCAAGGCUGGUAAACGUCUCCAACAUCGCUUACCACAGUAGAUACAUCAAACCUGCUGCUCCAUUACUUUUGAAUUAUCUCAAAGAAGUUAUUCCGACCCCCGUAGAGAGAUCUCCUAAAUGGAUUAGUACUUCCAACUUGGAGGAGAACUGGGGAACAGAUUUAGCCAAACAUUCCUCAGCUGAAUACCACACAAACAACUUGCUUAGCUCUGUGCUUUUCGAAGAAGGUUUGCAUCAUAUUCCUAAGGAUUCAGUACUUAUCGAGAUAGCUCCUCAUGGACUUCUUCAAGCAAUUCUUAAAAGGUCGUUGAAACCUGGAUGUACCAAUGUCCCAUUGACCCAACGUGGUAGCAAAAGCGCUGUAGAAUUCUUAUUCAACAGUCUUGGAAAGUUGUAUUUGGCCGGUUUGGACUUGAACAUACAACAGUUAUAUCCAAAGAUUGACUAUCCAGUCAGUAGGGGAACACCAAGUUUAUCAAAUCUAUCUCAUUGGGAGCACAGCGAAACUUGGAGAACUGGUUUGGAGGACAAAAUCAAUUCUCUGUUGUAUGGUGUGAGAAACAUUGACGUUUCUCUUAACACUGAAGAAUUCAGGGAGUUCGUUGGUCACCAACUUGACGACGAGGUUAUUCUACCAUCAAGUGCUUACUUGAACAUCGUUUCCCAAAUCAUCGCCAGUAUAAGCAGUGGACAUCAAGAAGUAGUCUUCGAAAAUCUCCACUUCAGGAGCUGUUUGAACAUUCCGAAGAUGGGGGGUGUUGCUAUGCACGCUAUGAUACAGAAAGGUAGUGGUUCCUUCGAAGUAUUGGCCGAUGGAGAAAUUGUUGUUACUGGAAAAAUGACUUUCCCACUAUCCACUGAUAAGUUUAUGCAGGAAGAUACUGAGAUACAGCUGACUGACGAGUAUGUCCAAUUGUCAGGAAACGAUAUCUAUAACGAAUUCCAACAUCGUGGAUAUAAAUAUUCAGGCCCCUUCAAAACCAUCAAAAAUUUGACAAUCACUGAGGAAGGCUCCAUUGGUACUCUGCAAUGGAAUGGAAAGUGGCACAUGUUCUUAGAAGGUAUCUUCCAACAAUACUUGCUGCAGGCUGGUGAACGUAAUCAGGAUAUCCAAGUGCCGAGAACUAUUCAAAAAAUCGCCCUAUCUCAGAACGAUCUUCCUUCUGAGAAGUGUGACUUAACCGUCCACUAUAACUACUCCACCCAGAUACUCGCUACAAACGGAAUUCAAGUGGUCGGCAUUCAGUCUACUUCCAUCCCAAGGAGGCAAAGGGAAAUAUCUUAUGAUUCCAUCGAAUUUUUCCCAUUAUCUAAUUCACUGACGGGAAUGGAGGAAGUUCUCAAUGCUUCUCUCUAUCUAGCUAUAGAAAGCUACAGUGGUACUGAAGGUGUAGGAACUGUAAUGAUAACAGAUAUUGAAACAGAAAAAUCAUUGCAUGAACCACUGAAAGUUGUUUUGAAGCAUUAUCAGAAGUUCAACCCCAACCUUGCUAGAGCAUCGAAUCUCAAGGAUGUCAUGAUCCAACAAGCUUAUCCUUCCUUGUUCAUCUACAACGAUCAUAUCAAUGACGAACUGGCAAGGAUUACUGCUGCUAGCAACGGUUUCAUCCUGGUUAAAACAAGCAAGGAUAUCCUAUCCAACAACCAGUUGAUACAAAUAGCCCAGUGGAAUGUUGGCAGUUCUAGCUACUCUUUGUUGAGGAAGGUACCACAAAAGAAACCAACCAUUGUCUUGGUCAAAGGGGAGACUCUGAGCACCAAAGACUUCUCCAGGGGUUCUGUGACUUGGGUCAACGAACUCACAGCCGCUGCUAGUUCUAACCCAGAUGGUGUUCUACUCGUGUCAACUGUCAUGCCUGUCGAAGGUCUUGUGAAUUUCGUUCAAGAACUCCGUUCAGUACCCAAUCUAAGCAAAGUGUGCUGUUUCUUCAACUUCGACAAGAGAUCCGACGAAAUAAAUACAAAUGAUUCUUUGUAUCAAAAUAUUUAUAACUACAGAAUCAGUUUGUCCGUUCUGAAGGACAAUGUUUUCGGUACUUACCUACCGGUUCCUGUCAGUUUCAAAGAGAAUAUAUUGCAGAAUCUCUCUUUGACUUCCAACGUCAUCAACAACAAGACCAUUCAAUACUUGAGUGUGAAUCCAGUCGAUGAGACCAUUUGUCCCCCAGUUUACAAACCUGUGCAGCUAGGUAACAUCGAUUACUCUGCUGUGACUAGUUCCGGAAAAGGAGUUAUGGGAUUGGCCAGAAUUGAUCAGGAUACCUUCAAACUUGUACCUGACCCCAUUUUCUGCUGGGAUAUACCAGAAGGAUGGAAUAUUCAAGAUGGUGCCACUGUACCGAAUGCAUUUGCUUGUGCCUACUAUGCCUUGAAAUACAAAGGAGAUCUCACAGCUGGUAACACCGUCCUCAUUCAUGGAGGCUGCACCAGUAUUGGUAUGGCUGCAAUCUGCAUUGCGUCUACACAUGGUUGUCACAUCUACACAACCGUAGCGAAUGAUAUGCAGAGAGCUUUCUUGAAGAAGCAUUUUGUGUUUUUGAGAGAUCGUCAAAUCCUCAACAGCAACGACUCUACCUUCGAGCCUGCCCUAUUGACAGCGACUGGAGGUGCAGGAGCUGAUAUAGUCAUGAAUUGUCUCUCCGGUCCUCUGCUUCAAGCAUCUAUGGGAUGCUUGGCAGACUACGGAAAGUUCAUUCAGUAUGGAAAAUAUGACGUUGACGAGAACAAUUCUAUAGGCAUGUUCGUUUUCCUGAGGAACAUCUCUUUCUACGUUGUUGACUUCAAUGAGCUUUUGAAUGAAGAUGACAGCGUCAAGAACGAGAUCAGGGAAUGCGUACAGAAAGGCUUAGAAGAGUUGGCUGUAAGGCCUUUACACAGGAAGGUUGUGGAGAGUCAGGACGUGAAGUUGAUACUCAACAAUAUGAGAAAUAACGGAAAUAUUGGAAAGACUGUCAUAAAAGUCAACAACACCCUGGAAAUGAACAAAUUCAAUGUGAAGAAUACCAACCAAUUCAUUUGUGACGGAAAGAGCUCGUACUUGAUCUACGGUGGAAGUGCUGAAGCUUGGACCGAUUUAGCAGAAUGGCUCAUUCUUAGAGGUGCAAGAAGGAUUAUUGUUGCUUCAGACUCGAAACCACAACAGACCCAUAUCAACAGGCGUUUGUCACUUUUACUCUCUUACUUUGGAGCUGAGAUUGUUCUAUCGCAGACCAAACCUCAUUCCAGAGAAGGAGCAACGGAAUUGUUGUCUGAAGUUUAUUCUCUUGGAACGAUCCACAUGGUUUUCCUUCUACCCAGCAAGACCAACCUUUCCAAAACUCAUGACAACAGAACUGUGCAGUAUAUCGACCAUUCUCUGCGUACAACAGCGCCGAAAGCGUUGUUCGUCAAUUUCAUAAACAGUGCUGCUGGUUUAGCCCAAGCAAGAGCCGAGGCUGGUUUCAACACUUACAACAUCCAAUACGAUAAAGGUUUGGACUUCACUGUCGCCCUUCACAGCCUGGACACUAUUCUAUCUUUCAAAAUCAAGAAUAUCAUGAUUAUGGAUGAUAAAGUGGAGGAUAUCAACCAAGAAACUGCAGCUGUCCUAUUUAAAAAACUCGACUACAUUCUUCCAUCGUCGAUAGAAGAACUGACCGAACAAUACAUCAAAGCACCCAAGAAGCCCGACUUCAUUCAACUGCCCACUCUUGGACCAAGAAAGAUAAGGGAAUUAGCACCAAUUUUCGUGAUUCCAGGACUGACAGACAAUUCCCGAAUCAGAGAACUAGCAUUGGAACUCUUGUACCCAACAUAUUGCGCUGUAUAUUCUCAACAGAACCAAAGUAUUUCAGAACUGGCGAACGAAUUUGUGGCUCGCAUGAAGGAAAUUUGGCCUAAGGGUCCGUACACCCUUGUAGGAGUUUCAUGGGGAGGUGCGCUCACCAUGGAAAUCGCCAGGAUACUGGACCAACAGAAGGCCAGCAUUCACGUAUAUCUCAUAGAUGGUGCGCCGAAGACUUUACAGAUGGCUUUGAUGCAUCUAGGAGAAAACGCCACUAAUGUCGAAUUGAAUCUGAUCACUAGAUACUUCAAAAUUAAUGAAGCAUCGCUCAUAGAAAAACUGAGUCAUAUAUCCGACUGGGAUUCCAGAGUAGCCUUAGCGUUGCAGGAAUACACAGGACGGUUGAAUGACAAAGCAGCAGCCAAGAAGGCUCUGACCAAUCUUCGAGAUAAACUGAAGGAAAUCAUUUCAUACAGGCAAUCCGAAGAGUGUUUGUCUGGAGAAAUUUACCUUUUGAGACCAUCUGGAUGUAGUAAACACGAUGGGUGUGAUCUACUAUCAGCUUCCAAACGAACCCUUGCAGUUCAUAUAAUAGAAGGGGAUCAUACCACCAUCGUCAAAAGUCCAGAAACUGCAUUGUUGAUCAAUCAAACGUUCUCAUUGAUUUGAAUUUGUACUCUUUAAUUAAUAAAUAUGGUCAUCUUGAA